UCAGCAGCAGGACAGGAGGAGCUAGGCAUCAGCAUCCCAGCUUUGCAGUCUCUCGCCAGCUGCAUUCUCGGAGGAAGCCAGCCAAGGACCAACUACAGCCAUGAGAUUUGCAGUGAUUUGCUUUUGCCUCAUUGGCAUUGCCUCCUCCUUCCCGGUGAAAGUGACUGAUUCUGGCAGCUCCGAGGAGAAUCUGCUUUCCAGCAAACAUACAGAUGCUGUAGCCACCUGGCUGGAGCCUGACCCAUCUCAGAAGCAAAAUCUCCUAGCCCCACAGAAUACCGUGUCCUCUGAAGAAACGGAUGACCUUAAACAAGAAACUCUCCCAAGCAACUCUAAUGAAAGCCAGGAUCACACGGAUGACGAUGACGACGAUGAUGACGGAGACCAUGCAGACAGCCAGGACUCUGUGGACUCUGACGAAUCCGAUGAUGAUGACCAGCCUGACGACUCUCACCAUUCGGAUGAGUCUGAUGAGUCCGUUACUGCCACCACACAAACAGAAAUUUUCACUCCUGUUGUCCCUACAGUAGAAAUCCCUGACGGCCGAGGCGAUAGUUUGGCUUAUGGGCUGCAGUCAAAGUCUAGGAAGAUCCACAUUCCCAGUGACCAGUUUUCUGAUGAAAUAGGUGAGGAUCUCACCUCACACUUAAAGAGCAAGGAGUUCGAUGAUGUCCUCAAGGUCAUCCCUGUUGUCCACCGUCUGAGUGUGCCCUCUGACCAGGACAGCACUGGCAAGACCAGCCAUGAAUCAAGUCAGCUGGAUGAACCAAGUGUGGAAACCCAAAGCCAUGAGCAAUCCCAGGAAGAUAAACUGAAGGCCAGUCAUGAGAGCACUGAGCUGUCUGAUGGGAUCGACAGCAAGGAAAGUUCCAGAGCCAGCCAGGCACAUGCGAGCCAUGAGUUUCACAGUCACGAAGACAAGCUAGUUCCAGGCUCAAAGAGCAAGGAAGAUGCUAACUCUCUGAAAUUUCACAUUUCUCAUGAAAUAGAGAGUUCAUCUUCUGAGGUCAAUUAAAAAAGAGGCAAGACCACAGUUCUUUACUUUGCUUUUAGUUAAGAAGGAAAACAGGAAAAAAUAUUAGUAAGGGCUAAGCAAGAAUAUUAACUGCUCAUUUCUCAGUUUAAUGGGUUUGUGUAUGUGGAGAAGAAAAUAGAUAAUAUUCGGGGUCUUUAGCUUAGUUUGUUGCUUCAUGAAAAAUCCUUGUAACCUAAAAGCUUCAUCACUUUGCCUCUGUUCUUUCUGUAGAGGAAAUGCAAAUGCCCAUUGCACCUUAAUGAUUGUUACUCUUUUAAUAAAAUGUAUGUAGACACAAGCAAAAUGCCUUUACAUGGUUAAAAGAGAACCUAUACCAGCCUAUGUCACCACAUCCUUUGUUUUUAUAAUUAGUGUAUAUUUUGUUGUGAUUAUUUUUGUUGGUGUGAAUAAAUCGUAUAUCUUGAAUGUA